GUUUUUGGCGGAGGAAGAACGUUACUCCGGCCCUGCUCUGCCUCUUCCGGUCCUCUUUCCUGCCUCCUGUUCAACAUGACUAAGAAGAGAAGGAACAACGGACGUGCCAAGAAGGGCUGUGGACAUGUCCAGCCCAUCCGCUGCACCAACUGUGCUCGGUGUGUGCCCAAAGACAAGGCCAUCAAGAAAUUUGUCAUUAGGAACAUCGUUGAGGCUGCAGCUGUGAGGGACAUCUCGGAGGCUAGUGUAUUUGACUCCUAUGUGUUGCCCAAGCUCUACGUUAAGCUACAUUAUUGCGUGAGCUGCGCCAUCCACAGUAAAGUGGUGAGGAACCGUUCUCGCGAGGCACGGAAGGACCGCACACCACCUCCACGCUUCAGGCCCAGUGGUGCUGCUCCCAGAGCUCCUCCUAAGCCUAUGUGAAGAAUUGGUCAUGAACUGUACAUUUAUGUACAGAGAAAUAAAAUCUCACUUUAAGAAA